UCUUUGUGGUCAUGGCUGUGUGUGUGGCUGAAAAGAGUGCAGGAGCUGACCCGCUGGCACGGGGACAAAAACUGAUACUCUCCACGAGCGACUCUUCUGAACCGAGCAUCGAGCUCGAUUCGCGGAACGAUGCGACGCAAAUGACCGAGUUUCUCUUUUCUGGCAGUUUGGGUGGAAGUCCAACUGGUGGAGCUCGUUCUCUUCAACUUCCACUGUUCUUUAUGGAGAAUGAUCCGUGUGGGAAUAGUCCUGAUCCGCCGGCACACUUUGUGGGGAAAAUGGCUGUUCUAAUCAUCUUUGAACCUGUUUUUGACAACGACGAGCUCAAUCGGAAGCUGGCUACCUGUGAUGUGGCUCUUCUCGCGCAGAAAGUCUCUCAGUGGGGCGCUAAAGGCCUUCUUGUGGCUCCCUUUGCCCUUGGCCUCGACACCGAGUACUCGGUCAAUGGCUAUCGCAAGUCCAUCGCCGGCUCGCCCUCGUUUCUUAACGAUCUCCCCAGCGACUUUGUGGCCUACAUUCUCCGCAACGAGGACGAGUUCAAGUCCGCUAUCCAGCCGUACCGCGAUGCGGGUGCCAACGGGCGGCUCUCGGUCGAAGUGACGCAGUCGCCGAUGGUGGCGUCGGAGCGUGACGCCCUUGUCUCGUUCUACAACACGUCGGGAGGCGCAAGCUGGGCCUUUCCGGGCGAGAACCGCAACGGCAAGCCGUGGCGCCCAUACAACCUGCUGAGCGACCCGUGCUUGGACAACUGGUACGGCGUGGUGUGCACGCCCGACGGCUACGUCGACAUGCUCAUGCUUGCGGCCCUGGAUGUGACGUCGCCGGCCAUGCCAGCGGGCGUUCUCGCGCUCCGUGCCCCGUCGUACAUUGACCUCGCCGACUGCCGUAUCGGCGGCUCACUGCCGUUCUUCCCGUCGACGUGGAACGAGGCGCUGGUUGGCCUCGAGCUGCAGAACAACUACCUCGAGGGCCCGAUCGACUCGGGGCAGCUCCGUCCGCUCACUGCCCUCGUCAUCCUCAACCUCUCGUUCAACGUGCUCUCCGGUCAAGUCUCCGGGGCCAUGUUGCCCACCAGCGGCGCCCUGGCCCAGCUCAUCCUCGACUCGAACCCGCUGGGCGGAACGGUGCCUAUCAUCAACACGCUGCCGCAGCUGGAGCGGCUGUCCAUGGGCAACACCCAGCUGAGUGGCACUAUUCCGUCCGGGUCAUGGUCACUGGCCAACGUCAACCUGGCGUCCAACAACUUGACCGGCACAGUGCCGUCCGACUUGCUUUACGCCGAGUCGUCGCCGCUCCUGCGGCUCGACCUCUCCAACAAUCAGCUGACCGGCUUUGCCUCUGUCCCUCUUGGUACGAACCAGGAGAUGAUCUUUUUGCAGGACGUGUACCUUAAUGACAACCUGUUCCCCAUCAUGCCGACGCUCUGGCCGUUCAACAUGACAUUGCGUGAUGUCGACUUGUCCCGCAACAAGCUGAGAGGGGCGCUCUCGUUCGGAGGGGCCAUGGACAACAUCCAAAUCGUCCGAGUGGCUGGCAACGAGCUGACAUCCAUCAGUGCGCAGUUCAAGAGUCAGGUGCCGAACUUGAAUGCUUUUGACAUGUCGUCGAACAACUUGACCGAGCUCGGGCGUGCCAUCGACCUGCUUCCGCUCGGCCUGACCUCACUGGACAUGAGCGACAAUGCUGCGCUCAUGGGCCCCGGGUUUUCCUUGGCGCGAAUCUACCGGUCGAUGCCCAACAUUCGGACGCUCGACCUCAGCGAUCGCGAGGCGUUUGUCCAUCUCCAGUCGCUUGACCUGGCCAACAAUCUGCUGACCGGCGUCGUUCCGCAGUUGCUCGGCGAGAUGCCCGCCCUGCGAUCGGUCGAUUUGCGCGGCAACGAGGCGCUACGUGCCAAACUCGGACCGGGCCCGUUCCUCCCAGCCUUCCUCACCCCGGACUACAACGCGGCCGACACCACUGUGCUGGCAGGUGGUGCAUGUCCGUCGUUUAUGAGCUCUCGCGGGAUGGAAGUGAAGGUCGACCCGGGCUACCAUCGCUAUCUGAUGUGCCGAUGCCGCGAGAACUACUACAACACAUCGCUUGGUGGCACAUCUUCCUGCGCACUCUGCCUCGCCAACGCCGAGUGCUCGGGGCACCCAGAGGUGGCGGUCCCGCGCAUGGUACCGCAGUCGGGCUACUUUCCGUCGACCGUGAUGCGGUCGGUCAUCAAUCCUUUUGCGCUGACUGUCCCGGGAACCGGGGACAGUUCCGUGGGGCCAGCUGCGCGCGCAGCAGUCUCGGUCUCCUCGCUCUUCAACGCGUCGGUGACGAUGACGACGACGGUUCCGGGCGAGUUUGUGGCCUGCCAGUACGGAUCGAUGAAGAUCGACGAUCCGGCGAACCCGUGCGUGGUCACAGCGUCGACAGCUGACGGAGGGUCUGAGACCGAGGCAUUCGACUGCCGGGCCGGACAUACCGGAAGGCUGUGUGCCGAGUGCCUCGACGGGUACUUUUCCCGCAAUGGCGAGUGCAUCCUGUGCGUCGACUCUGCGGGCGUCUGGCCGCUGGUCUUUGUUCUCACCGUGUUGCUCAUUCUUGUGGUCCUCAUCGCUGUCGCCAUGUUCCGCGACAUCAUUCCGCGCAACGUCCGCCGCUGGGACCACAUCCUGUCAGAGUCGUGGCGGUGCUGGAGAGCCAAGCGGUGGGCUUCCAGCGAGCAAGAGGAACAGGAGACGAGCGUGAGCCACAGCUCGGGCUCCAGCUCGGGCUCCAGCUCGGGCUCGGCGACAAGCACAGGCUCGGGUUUCGACUCGGCUUCUGCGGCUGUGUCUGCGCCAGAAGCGACUCCGGCGCCAGCAACUGUGGGCGGCAGCGAGCACGUACCGGGAAAGCUGCGGCGCAAGGCCUUUCUGCGGUAUAUGCAGCAGAUUGUGCAGGUGGUCAUCAUGUUUUUCCAGACGCUGACGAUUGUGGUGGCGGAUCUGUCGCUGCCAGACGCGGUGGUGCCGUUUGUGGCGCUGUUCAGGUUCUCGCAGCCUUCGACCGAGGGUCUUGGACUGGAGUGCAUCGACGAGUUCCGGACUUUCGAGCAGCGAUACAAGACAAUGCUGGUCCUGCCGCCGAUUUUGAUGGGCAUGCUCAUUACGGUCUUUGGCAUCCGGUUUGUGCUUCGGUGGCAGAGCGCGCGGGCGGAUGCCGCAGCCAAGGCUGUCAUGGGCGAUGCGUUUGACGAGGACUCGGAAGGGUACACGUGGGUGAUGGAAUCGGGUUUGAGCUCGGCGGCGAGCAGUGAUAGCGGCUCAGCGAGCGAGGCUCAGGAAGAGGCCGGCAAGUGGAAGAUUUGGUCCGACUCGGUAGAGGCGGAAGAGCUGGCGCAGAUGGGCAAGGUCUUUCUGGGCCAUGUGGUGUGGGCAGUGGGCCUUCAGGAUCCUGUCUCCAAGAUCUCGUACCUCAAGAACUACCCGCACAUCGAGUGUGCGAUGCUGACGACCGCGGAAAAGGCGGUGCCGAUGGUGGUGUAUGUGGUGAUCCCGGUAGUGGCGCUGGUGAGCAUUGUGGUGUACUCCGAGAUUGUGGAGCGUGUGCCGCGGUGGAUGACGACCGCCUUUCCGUUCUGGUUCGAUGCGUUCAAGGCGCGGUCACGGUACUUUGCGGUCCUGUUUGUCGGCCGGCGACUGGUGUUUGCGGCGGUGGUGGCGUUUGGGUCGGUCUCCUCAAUCUACCGACAUGUGGUGCUCAUUGGCCUGUUCCUUGUCUCGAUCCUUGCAGCGUACGAUCUCGAGCCGUACGUCUCGCCGCUGGUGACGCGGAUGGACAUGACAGCGCACGUCGUACUGCUGAUGGCGUACACAACGGCGGUGCUCGCUGACCUGCUCGACGUCGCCGGGCGCGAUGCGUCGUUUGCGGCAACAGUCUUUGGCGGCCUCGGUGCCUUUGGCGUCAUUGUCAUCGGUGCGGCCCUCAUCAUCCCAGCCUAUCGUGUCUUUGUCCGCAAGACCUGGCAUGAGGUCGGCGGUGGGGCGCAGGUCGGGGUGCUCGCGUAG